AUGCCUUCCACCGCAAGAAAUACUCCUAUGCUCCGGAUUUCUGUUCUUUUUCGGUUGUUGAUUGUUAUUGUAGUUGGAUGUGAGAAGAUUGUGGCUGCACUAAGGAAGAGAAGUAAUGAGAACUUGCAUGUUAUAUAUUGUUUAUAUGAUGGAAAUAGGCCAACGACAUUUCUCAAUAAGGAAGGUUGGGAUAACAUUAUUAGCAAAUUCAAGAAGAUAACAAGUAGGGAAUAUGAUAGGCUCCAAUUGAAGAAUAAAUGGGACCAGCUUAAGAAAGAUUGGAAACUGUGGAAUGAUUUGAAGCGUGGCUCCACUGGAUUAGGAUGGGAUCCAGUGAAUAGAACAAUUGAGGCAUCCGAGGAUUGGUGGCAAGAACGGCUUGCGAUUGUUCCUGCGGCAAAGAAGUUCAAAUUGGCUAGGAAUGAACCAGAAUUGAUGAGCAAGUUAUAG